GGCGGGGCGCGCGCAGAACCUGUCAGCGCCGGAGCCGGUGAGUUUGCGGUCUCCGCCUCCAUCCUCGGACCCCUGCCGCGGACCCCGCCACCGCCGCCGCCGCGCUUGCAAUGGCCUGCCGGCCGCGCAGCCCCUCCGCUUAUGGGAGCCGCCGCGACGGCGGCAGCAGUCCGCCGCCCCCCGCGAGAUGGAGCCUCGGGCGGAAGCGCAGAGCCGACGGGAGGCGCAGAAGGCCCGACGACGCCGAGGGCCCCGCGAAGCUGGCGGGCGAGGGCCGCCCGGACAGUUUUACCACUCCUGAAGGCCCGAAGCCCCGUUCUAGAUGUUCAGACUGGGCAAGUGCAGUUGAAGAGGAUGAAAUGAGGACCAGAGUUAACAAAGAAAUUGCAAGAUAUAAAAGAAAACUACUCAUAAAUGACUUUGGGAGAGAGAGAAAAUCCUCAUCGGGAAGUUCUGACUCCAAGGAGGCGGGGUCCACGGUGCCAGCUGACUUAGAGACAGACGAGAGCGUCCUGAUGAGAAGGCAGAAGCAGAUCAACUACGGGAAGAACACCAUCGCCUACGACCGCUAUAUUAAAGAAGUCCCCAGACACCUCCGACAGCCUGGCAUCCAUCCCAAGACCCCCAACAAAUUCAAGAAGUAUAGUCGACGAUCGUGGGACCAGCAGAUCAAACUCUGGAAAGUGGCUUUGCAUUUUUGGGAUCCUCCAGCUGAAGAAGGAUGUGAUUUACAAGAAAUACAUCCUGUGGACCUUGGGGAGAUGGAGACAGAGUCUGCGGAAAGCAGCUGCGAGUCCCAGACGAGCUCUCAGGAUAACUUCGACAUGUACUCUGGCACACCCACUAAAGUCAGGCACGUGGACUGCCGAGUGGAGGACGAAUUUGAUCUGGAAGCUUGUUUAACUGAGCCCUUGAAAGAUUUCUCAGCCAUGAGCUAACCGAUGCCACCUGGAGGCUACUGGGAGCAAGAGUUGCCUCCACCUGGCAGGUUGGGGGCCGGCCAAGCAUGUGUCCUGCGUUGGUAACUGGAGGGUUUCUGUUCCUAGUUCAUUACUGCAUUAUCUCAUGGUGAAUUGUUACUCUUGCCUUAUUUUCUUAAGAAACGUUAAUUUUAUGUAUAGUGAGUAUAUUUUGCAUGUUUUAAAUUGUAAAUGGAACUAAAUCCAAGGAAAACUGAACUUGAAGCAGUCUUGGAAACUUAGUUGCUUAAUGUGUACCAUCCAAGUUAAUCUGACAAGCUGAUUUUGACUGGUUUUCCCCCAGUAUGUUAGACAUUAAGUUUUUACUUGUCAGAUGGCUGGUUUGGGGUUAGCCACACAUUCAUGGGGCCAGUCGUGCAUCAGCUUUCUUUACUGGUAUCUGAGUAUUCUCAUAAUUGGGUAAAUUUAAUAUCUUUAUGGAAAUUUAAUAUGGGGCCUUUUGUCAGUAUGUCAGGGUGUUUUGUUUUUUUUUUUUUUUUUCCCUCAUACAGAGCACUGGAUAGUCAAAGAUAGUAAAUUAAGCUGUUAAGGGAUUUUAUGUAAGUUAUACAGUCUUAAUUUGGUACUUGUAAAUAGCAGUAGGUAGGCCUUCUACCUGUAAUACUCCAAGAGUUAAGGCAGCGGAGGGGUUUAGAAAGAACAUUUUUUUUACCGUCCGUUAAUUUACCAUGUAAAAUUGCUGUAAAUGAUGUGUACAGAUUUUCUGUUCAAAUAUUCAAUUGUAAACUUCUUGUUAAGACUGUUAUGUUUCUAUUGCUUUUGUAUGGAAUGAUACUGCAAAAAUAAAAAGAAAAGAACCUUC